UCGGCUCGGAGCGAAGCGGCGCCGGCUCCAGGAGCCCGAGCGGAGCCAGCCGCGCGCACAGCCAGCAGCCGCGCCGGCGAUGCGGGGCCGCCCCGCUCCCGCCCCAGUUCCGGCCCCGGCCCCCGCGGGAAGGGGCUGAGCCGCCCCCGCCGCCCGGAUGGCGAGCCUCGCCGCGCUCGCCCUUAGCCUGCUCCUGCGGCUGCAGCUGCCGCCGCUGCCCGGCGCCGGGGCUCAGAGUGCCGCAGGUGGCUGUUCCUUUGAUGAGCACUACAGCAACUGUGGUUAUAGCGUGGCUCUAGGGACCAAUGGGUUCACCUGGGAGCAGAUUAACACAUGGGAGAAACCAAUGCUGGACCAGGCAGUGCCCACAGGAUCUUUCAUGAUGGUGAACAGCUCUGGGAGAGCCUCUGGCCAGAAGGCCCACCUUCUCCUGCCAACCCUGAAGGAGAAUGACACCCACUGCAUCGACUUUCAUUACUACUUCUCCAGCCGUGACAGAUCCAGCCCAGGGGCUUUAAAUGUCUACGUGAAGGUGAAUGGUGGCCCCCAAGGGAACCCUGUCUGGAACGUGUCCGGGGUCGUCACUGAGGGCUGGGUGAAGGCAGAGCUCGCCAUCAGCACUUUCUGGCCACAUUUCUAUCAGGUGAUAUUUGAAUCCGUCUCUUUGAAGGGUCAUCCUGGCUACAUCGCCGUGGACGAGGUCCGGGUCCUUGCUCAUCCGUGCAGAAAAGCACCUCAUUUUCUGAGACUCCAAAAUGUGGAGGUGAAUGUGGGGCAGAAUGCCACAUUUCAGUGCAUUGCCGGUGGAAAGUGGUCUCAGCAUGACAAGCUUUGGCUCCAGCAAUGGAAUGGCAGGGACACUGCCCUGAUGGUCACCCGUGUGGUCAACCACAGGCGCUUUUCAGCCACGGUCAGUGUGGCAGACACUGCCCAGCGGAGCGUCAGCAAGUACCGCUGUGUGAUCCGCUCUGACGGUGGGUCUGGUGUGUCCAACUACGCGGAGCUGAUCGUGAAAGAGCCUCCCACGCCCAUUGCUCCCCCAGAGCUGCUGGCUGUGGGGGCCACAUACCUGUGGAUCAAGCCAAAUGCCAACUCCAUCAUCGGGGAUGGCCCCAUCAUCCUGAAAGAAGUGGAGUAUCGCACCACCACGGGCACCUGGGCCGAGACCCACAUAGUCGACUCUCCCAACUAUAAGUUAUGGCAUCUGGACCCCGAUGUGGAGUAUGAGAUCCGAGUGCUCCUCACACGACCAGGCGAGGGGGGUACGGGACCGCCAGGGCCUCCUCUCACCACCAGGACCAAGUGUGCAGAUCCAGUGCAUGGCCCACAGAACGUGGAAAUCGUGGACAUCCGAGCCCGGCAGCUGACCCUGCAGUGGGAACCCUUCGGCUACACGGUGACCCGCUGCCACAGCUACAACCUCACCGUGCAGUACCAGUAUGUGUUCAACCAGCAGCAGUACGAGGCUGAAGAGGUCAUCCAGACCUCCUCCCACUACACCCUGCGAGGCCUGCGCCCCUUCAUGACCAUCCGGCUGCGACUCCUGCUGUCCAACCCUGAGGGCCGAAUGGAGAGUGAGGAGCUGGUGGUCCAGACUGAGGAAGACGUUCCAGGAGCUGUUCCUCUAGAAUCCAUCCAAGGGGGGCCCUUUGAGGAGAAGAUCUACAUCCAAUGGAAACCUCCCAAUGAGACCAAUGGGGUCAUCACGCUCUAUGAGAUCAACUACAAGGCUGUUGGCUCCCUGGACCCAAGUGCUGACCUGUCCAGCCAGAGGGGGAAAGUGUUCAAGCUCCGGAAUGAAACCCACCACCUGUUUGUGGGUCUGUACCCAGGGACCACCUAUUCCUUUACCAUCAAGGCCAGCACAGCAAAGGGCUUUGGGCCACCCGUCACCACUCGGAUCGCCACCAAAAUUUCAGCUCCGUCGAUGCCUGAGUACGACACAGACACCCCAUUGAAUGAAACAGACACGACCAUCACAGUGAUGCUGAAACCUGCCCAGUCCCGGGGAGCCCCUGUCAGUGUUUAUCAGCUGGUUGUCAAGGAGGAGCGACUUCAGAAGUCACGGAGGGCAGCUGACAUUAUUGAGUGCUUUUCGGUGCCUGUGAGCUAUCGGAAUGCCUCCAGCCUCGAUUCUCUACACUACUUUGCUGCUGAGUUGAAGCCUGCCAACCUGCCUGUCACCCAGCCAUUUACAGUAGGUGACAAUAAGACAUACAAUGGCUACUGGAACCCUCCCCUCUCUCCCCUGAAAAGCUACAGCAUCUACUUCCAGGCACUCAGCAAAGCCAACGGAGAGACCAAAAUCAACUGUGUCCGUCUGGCUACAAAAGCACCAAUGGGCAGCGCCCAGGUGACCCCGGGGACUCCACUCUGCCUCCUCACCACAGGUGCUUCCACCCAGAAUUCUAACACUGUGGAGCCAGAGAAGCAGGUGGACAAUACCGUGAAGAUGGCUGGCGUGAUCGCCGGCCUCCUCAUGUUCAUCAUCAUUCUCCUGGGCGUGAUGCUUACCAUCAAAAGGAGAAGAAAUGCUUAUUCCUACUCCUAUUACUUGAAGCUGGCCAAGAAGCAGAAGGAGACCCAGAGUGGAGCCCAGAGGGAGAUGGGGCCUGUGGCCUCUGCUGACAAACCCACCACCAAGCUCAGUGCCAGCCGCAAUGAUGAAGGCUUCUCUUCUAGUUCUCAGGACGUCAAUGGAUUCACAGAUGGCAGCCGCGGGGAGCUUUCCCAGCCCACCCUCACGAUCCAGACUCAUCCCUACCGCGCCUGUGACCCUGUGGAGAUGAGUUACCCCCGGGACCAGUUCCAGCCUGCCAUCCGGGUGGCUGACUUGCUGCAGCACAUCACACAGAUGAAGAGAGGCCAGGGCUACGGGUUCAAGGAGGAAUAUGAGGCCUUACCAGAGGGGCAGACAGCUUCGUGGGACACAGCCAAGGAGGAUGAAAACCGCAAUAAGAAUCGAUAUGGGAACAUCAUAUCCUGUCGGGGAGGAAGCCCAGCCAAAAGGGCUGCCAUACAGAAGACCCCACAGCUGGACAAAGAGAUGAGCUCUGUGUUCCCAGAAGCUCCUCUAAUUCAAAGGAGGACUUUGGCAGCAACCAGGGACGACCAUUCCCGGGUGAGGCUGCUGGUACUGGAUGGAGACCCGCACUCUGACUACAUCAAUGCCAACUACAUUGACGGAUACCAUCGACCGCGGCACUACAUUGCAACUCAAGGUCCAAUGCAGGAGACCGUAAAGGACUUCUGGAGAAUGAUCUGGCAGGAGAACUCCGCCAGCAUCGUCAUGGUCACAAACCUGGUGGAAGUGGGCAGGCACCCAGCGGAACACACUGUGGGAAAUGCCACUCUAGGCCGUGCGGCGUCCCCCGGAAUGGUGAAGUGUGUGCGAUACUGGCCAGAUGACACGGAGGUCUACGGAGACAUUAAAGUCACCCUGAUUGAAACAGAGCCCCUGGCAGAAUACGUCAUACGCACCUUCACAGUCCAGAAGAAAGGCUACCAUGAGAUCCGGGAGCUCCGCCUCUUCCACUUCACCAGCUGGCCUGACCACGGCGUUCCCUGCUAUGCCACUGGCCUCCUGGGCUUCGUCCGCCAGGUCAAGUUCCUCAAUCCCCCCGAAGCCGGGCCCAUCGUGGUCCACUGCAGUGCUGGGGCCGGGCGGACUGGCUGCUUCAUUGCCAUUGACACCAUGCUUGACAUGGCGGAGAAUGAAGGGGUGGUGGACAUCUUCAACUGCGUGCGUGAGCUUCGGGCCCAGAGGGUCAACCUGGUGCAGACAGAGGAGCAAUAUGUGUUUGUACACGAUGCCAUCCUUGAAGCGUGCCUCUGUGGCAACACUGCCAUCCCUGUGUGUGAAUUCCGCUCUCUCUACUACAAUAUCAGCAGGCUGGACCCCCAGACGAACUCCAGCCAAAUCAAAGAUGAAUUUCAGACCCUCAACAUUGUGACGCCCCGUGUGCGGCCCGAGGACUGCAGCAUUGGGCUUCUGCCCCGGAACCAUGAUAAGAAUCGAAGCUUGGACGUGUUGCCUCUGGACCGCUGCCUGCCCUUCCUCAUCUCGGUGGAUGGAGAAUCCAGCAACUACAUCAACGCGGCACUGAUGGAUAGUCACAAGCAGCCUGCCGCCUUCGUGGUCACCCAGCACCCUCUACCCAACACCGUGGCAGACUUCUGGAGGCUGGUGUUUGAUUACAACUGCUCCUCUGUGGUGAUGCUGAAUGAGAUGGACACUGCCCAGUUCUGUAUGCAGUACUGGCCUGAGAAGACCUCUGGCUGCUACGGGCCCAUCCAGGUGGAGUUCGUCUCCGCAGACAUAGAUGAGGACAUCAUCCACAGAAUAUUCCGCAUCUGUAACAUGGCCCGGCCACAGGACGGUUAUCGUAUAGUCCAGCACCUCCAGUACAUUGGCUGGCCUGCCUACCGGGACACGCCCCCUUCCAAGCGCUCUCUGCUCAAAGUGGUGCGGCGGCUGGAGAAGUGGCAGGAGCAGUAUGACGGGAGGGAGGGGCGCACCGUGGUCCACUGCCUAAACGGGGGAGGCCGCAGUGGAACCUUCUGUGCCGUCUGCAGUGUGUGUGAGAUGAUCCAGCAGCAAAACAUCAUAGACGUGUUCCACAUCGUGAAAACACUGCGUAACAACAAAUCCAACAUGGUGGAGACCCUGGAACAGUAUAAAUUUGUAUACGAGGUGGCACUGGAAUAUUUAAGCUCCUUUUAGCUCACUGGGAUGGGGAACCUGCCGGAGUCCAGAGGCUGCUGCGACCAAGCCCCCUUUUGUGUGAAUGGCAGUAACUGGGCUCAGGGGCUCUGAGGUGGCACCCUGCCUGACUCCAAGGAGAAGACUGGUGGCCCUGUGUUCCACAGGGGGCUUUGCACCUUCUGAGGGCUCUCCUCUUGCUGUGGCAGAUGCUGUUCCAAAAGGGCCAGGCUUCCUUUUCAACCUAACCAGCCACAGCCAUGGGCCCAAGCAGAAGUGUACCCACAAGCAAGGCCUUGGAUGUUUGGCUCCCAGACCUCCUGCUUUUGUUCUUUCUGAGUUUGUGGAUCUCAUGGCAAGCCAACUGUGCAGGUGCUGGGGAGUGGGAGGCCCAGCAGAACCUUCCCAGCCCUCCUUCUCCUUAGGAGUGGAGGAGAUAUGUGUUGUGCUCCUCCAUGUCAUGGAAAAGAUUGGGGCUCUUGGGGGGGGGGGUCACAGCUCUGCUGCCCCCUACAACCUCCUUCAGGGGCCUCUGGCACCAGACACCUGCAGUCUGGACCAGUGUGACCUUACAAUGUUCCCUAGGUCACAAGAGAGCCCACCCAUCCUCACACCUAACCUGCAUGGGGCUUGGCCCACAACCAUUCUGUACCCCUUCCCCAGCCUGGGCCUUGACUGUCCAACAUUCACUGGCCGGCCUGCUGUGUCCACAGCACUCUUUGAUAAAGGUGUUCUUUGCUUUUUUGUGUGGUCAGUGGGAAGGGGUGAAACUGCAGAGAACUUCUCUGCUCCUCCUUGUCUUUGUAAAAAGGGACCACCUCCCUGGGGCAGGGCUCUGGCUGAACUGUAGGUUGUAACCCCUGACUCUCUUUGGUGGUAGCUUUCUUUGGAAGAGACAAACCAGAUAAGAUUUGGUUAUUUUCCAAAGUGUAUGUGAAAAGAAACUUUGUUUUGGGGAUGUGUAAAAUCUUAGUCUCUUAUGUCAAAAAGAAGGGGGCGGGGGAGUUUGAGUGUGUACCUCUAAGACAUACCUCUCGGGCCUGUUAUUUUUUCCUAGCAAUGUUCUGAAAAGCUCCCACCCUGGGACAGCACACCACUAAGCAGGGGAGAGAGGGGAUAGCCUGAAGAUGGUCCCUUUGGUUUCUGGGGCAGAUAAGAGCACCAGCUUUGUGCAGAAUUUGGAACUCCACAUUUGAACUCCUUCCUAGAGAAACCCAGCUGCCACCUUGAAAAAGGACAUUGUGGAGCCCAUUAUACAUUGAUUGAAAAUAGGGCAAGACAAUCAGGCCUGGAGAUCUAGGGUCUUGUCCAAAGUGUGAGUGAGUCAGUGAGAGGGAACCACCGUUUGCUAAGUCUCUGAUGUAUGCCAGGGAUCACGCUUGGUAGUUUCCAUGGAACACCUCGCGCAGUCCUUAGAACCCCUAGGAGAGAGCUGUUGACUUGUUAUCGUCUCCAUUGAUCAUCUCCUCCAAUGAGGAAACCCAGGCACCUUCCUCAGUGAUGAAAUCCUGGGUUCCAAAGGGGCAGGUAAUGGCAGUGAAACUUCUCUGUGCUGUUUUCUUCAUCUUCUCCAAGCCAAACAAUUAUUUUAUGGAGGGAAAAUAAGGCCAGAAGCUUCUGAGCAGAGAACUCCACAAAUGGAAAUUUAGUACUUUCUCCCUGACGCCAGUUCUUCUGGGAAGCCCAGAAUUUCAGAUAUAUUUUAGUAACUCAUUCCCAGCUCCCCAGGAAAGCCAGUCUCAUCUAAUUUCUUAGUCCAUAAAAACAAUUCCUUGUUCCCUCGGGCUAUGAAGGGACCAGCCAGGGACAAUCUCGACCUUGAUCUCCAGCCAGUGCUUAGGCUGGAUAUCUGACAGCCUCAGGUGGGCUGGGACCCAGGAAGCUCCAUCUGGAAGGCUGGUCUAGCCCCAGACAGGGCACAAGGGACACAGAUUUCAAGAAGGCACAGCUUUGACCGUCAAGAGCCCACUGUAUGCUGGGGAAAUUGAACCAUGGUGCAGUGGUGUCGAGCAAAUGAGUGUUCCAUGAGUCUAGGAGCAAGAGAGCCUCUUCAGCCUAGGGCUUCCUAGAGAAAGGGACAUCUAUUCCUGCUGGGUCUAAACAGGUAGAAAAGAGAAAAAAAAAAAAGAAGAAACUCAGGCAAAGGGAUCCCUAUGUGCAAUGGCAGAGAAAUAUAAAAAGGCAUUGGGAGGAGCAGUAUGGGGAGGCCAGCCCAGCAGGGGCACAGCACAACAGGGUAAGCAGCAAGGAUGAGCCAGGGUCCAGGAGACAGAUGCCUAUCGUGAGUGCAGACUUUGUCCUAAUGGCAACAAGGAGUCCAUGGAGCUUCAGAGAGAUGUACUCAGCUUCGUGUUGGCAAAGACUCCCUCUGGGCCAGUGGGGCUGCCUCUUUUCAUCAGACACUGUGAAAACAUUCCCUUAAGCGUGCACUUUUUAAUACCACAUCUAUUUGUCUGUCUGCUCAUCGUUUUGUUGCCGGAACACUAAAUAUGCAGUGCAUCAUGAGACCCGGCUUCUCUGAGAAACCCAGCGUCUCCGCUUUACCAUGGAGCAGGGUCACCAAUUCAGAUCUCUAGGCCCAUGAGGGUGGAACAUGAAAGGAGCCCACAGAAGUUGCUUCCAUUGGCAUGGGCUCUGGAGCUGUCUAGAAGUCCAGGGACACCAGACUUGAUCAAGGAAGGGCUGUCACUUUAGAGGUUCAAAAGGAAAUACCUCAAAGCAAAGGCAAGCAAAGGAACCCCACGAUGAACUUGCUCUUUUCUUUGAUGAGCCUCUCCCCAGGUGUAUUUCAGCAGACCCCAGGGACUCACCCCCACUGGGCCUGAUAGCCUCUCCCAGCUCCAGCCCACUGCCCCAGCUGGCCUUUCCCAGUCUGCGAUGAGCCCGUAGCAUGGCAAAUCUGCCUGCUGUAUGCUAUUCAGUCAGAUCUUGGUACAUCCAGACAGGAUGAGGGUGGAGGGAGAGCUACUUAACACAAAUCCUAAGAUUUUUUUUCUGCUCAGGAAGGGGUGAAAUGGCUGACAGAUAAAAAUGACAGUGGCUUCUAUCAUUUUAAAUGGUACGGAUUUAAAGUGUGACUUCACAGAGAAAGAAACUUGUGACUUCACGGAGAAAGAAAAAAAAAUCUCAGGCCAUGGUGGGCUAACCCAGCAAGGGCCAGUGAGAUUCCCCCAGUUUAUCCUCUUGUUUUCCCACAACCCAACCAUUCUCCAAAGAAAGCAGGGAAGCGUAUAGGUCACAGGCUCAUGAAUGGGGACGACUUGAUGAAAUUGAGGCUAAUGGAUGGGGAUGACUUCCCUAAAAUCCCAUGUGACUAGGAUGUGGCAAGGCUUGGAUGAAUAGGGACACUUGUGCCCAGGAAUCUGAACAUUUCCUUUACCCAGAAAAUAUCCUGAUCCAAUACUACCUUCCCCAGGGGGUCUCCCCACCCCAACCCAUUGACAGGAUGAGCUCAGCCUGUCGUGAGCAGAGGAAAAUAUUAUUAAUGCUCUGUGAGUCUUUACAACAGGAGCUCUUACCUUAUAGAUGUGGAGCCUGUUUGGUGAAGAUGCAAGGAAGUGAUGAGAAGACCAGGAACUUUCUCCACCUGUGUGUGUUGAUGGUCUAGAUAGUUUAGGACGUACCUCAGCUGCACUCCAAUGCUGCAUCCUUUCUGGUAUGGAGAAUCCGGGCCAACCAGGGGACCUUGGGCCUCUAGAAGGCCACAGUAGGCCUCUCUUUGUGGGAAUGGAAGAGGACAGCUUUUAGUGCUGGCCCUCUCUGUGGGCGUGGCCUGAAAAGGAACCAACAGACCUUAUGAUGGGGACUCUAACGUGAGCUCACUAAAUUCUUCCAACAUUCUAAAGAACGGUUUGUGAUGGUCACUAUUUGACUGGUGAGGAAACUAAGGCUCCUAGAGAAAAAUCCCUUGCACGUAGUUCCACAGCUAGUGAAUGAAUGAACCAAGAUUUUAACUGGUUUUUUUUCCUUGACUAAAGAGAGAAUAUUUUUCCACCAUUGUAGCUCACAUUUUUCCUAUGGGGUUACUCAUAACAGAAUAGACUAGAGUGAAACAGGGAUCUCGGUGGAUAAGCCCAAAGCAAACAACAGUAAGCUUAAAAUUCCUUCACAGUCUUAUGUUUUACUUUCACAAUUCAUGCAAAAUUUGCGUUCCACUUUCUGAUUUAGCCUGGUUGGCUUUGACUGUAUAAAUAUUUUUUAAAAAAACAAAAACAUGUGCUCUGUUCCUCACGUGGUUCUGUUCUGUUCAACCCACUAUGAUGGACCCUGGGUCAGCUAGUCUUCAGCUUGAGCCCGAGCAGUGACCCUGCUGCCUACUAGAGCCAACUGUAGGCUCAGGAACAAGACCAACUGACCUUCUCCUAGGCAGCUCCUUUGGUGUGGGGGUGCUCUGACCUCACUGUUCAUGAGUGGACCUCAACUAAGGUAUCUUCCAGUUGGGUGCUGGAAGGAACCCAUUGACACACACUAGAAUGAUGAGGAUUUGCACAUCUGGCAUGGAGAAAUACAAGCCCACAAAACCAUAAAGGGAAAGGAGAAGCUAGACACAGCUCUACUCAGCAAGUUCCUGAAUGCUAGGCUGGAAAGUGAUGCCUGUUGCCCAAGUGGAGUCACAUGGUUGCUAAUGUGGGCAAGUCUGAAGACACACUUCACGAGCAGCUGGUAUUUGGAAGGCUCCUCACUUUACCCUAGCCACACAUACUUACUGGGUUCCUACAGCACAUAGCACCUUGGUGCGGGAGCACUGUUAGGAAACAGAGAUUACUAUGGCACAAUUCAUUCCUGGGUAAGGCAUGGGGUUGCAGUGGACAGAGCUCAUUCUUUAGUUGGAAUCCCAUCCCUGCCAUUUCUUGGCCAUAGAGUGUGGGCCAACCAAUUAAUGGGAAAACAUACAUGAAAAGAGGAGCCUCAUCAACAUUAGAAGGGGUAGAUUUGGAGCACUUUAGGCAGAGAAACAGGAAGGCAAGGCCAGGAAACUGGAACCCAAUGAAUACUCAAAACCGAGGAUGCAGAUGACUUAUUUAGCAAAGCUGUCACAUCCAUGACAUAGCUGGACAAAGCAUGGGUAAUAGCUUGCCAGAGCUACUUGGAGCAAGGGCAGAUCUCAGUGUCUGUGGCAAAAGAUGAUGACUUUCCCUCUGACCCAUCAGGUUUAUUCAUCCUCCACUCCCCAUUGCCACACUAGCUCUUGCUGUAUGUCCUCACCAGGAUCUACAUUCCCUCAGCACUGGUGGGAACCCCUUGGAGUACACAGAGGUGUCAGUCCAGUAAGACUGUUCUACACAACAGAAGCGAUACCCAGGGAGUAGCAGCCAGGCCCUUAUCCUGUCAUCUCUGCAGGCGUGAUUGCCCAACCCAGAUGCAGAGACAUUCAAGGAAGUGAUAACUCCCUGGUACCUCAUUGCCUGGGAACAGAAUGAAGAAAUCCACCCUUCCUUAGGCUAUAGCUGGCCACUCCUGGGCUAGGUAGGUCAUCAGCACCAAGCUAAAUCAGGAGUAACAAUAAGGAAGACAUGGGUGAGCCCAAGAGGAAGCAUGGACAAGGGGAAAGUGGUCAACCCACUGGAGGGCAGGAUAGAAGAAAAAAACAUAAACAUGGAUGGCCAUGUCAUCUCAAAUUCUUGACUUGCCUUCCCCGUUACUUAACAGUCUGAGCUCCUUCUCAGCCUAUGACCAGCCUCAAAUCAUAGCCAAGUAAAACAAGGAAAUAGGAAACAUAGAUCCAACUAGAAUAGACAAGCUGAGAUUCAGAUUUGUUUACUCCUCCUAUGCAAGGGCUCCCCGUUGGGGGUUUUCCACGUAUACAUGUCUAGAAGUGAUAAAAUGCAAGGCCUUGGCUUCGCCUUGCAGGGAUCUGUCUUUGAGGUCAUGUACCGCCUGAACAGCAGUGAGAGAGGUUAGUGGUGGAGAGUGGAAGGGCUGUUUUGGCUCCAGUUUCUUCUGACACAGGUUUCAGGGUCAUGGAUUUGAUCCUCAGAAGCACAGCGGAGACAUCUAAGCCUUAUUUGUGCACAUGAGCAGACUCUUCUAGUUUUUUAGUAACAAGGGAUGGGCUUCUGCAUGGCACUGGCUGUACGGUUGUCUUGUAGAGAGAUCAAGCCAGUCUUUUGCAUCCCACCUGCCCACCUCCAAAAGAGGUGGGAAAAUGUCAUCAAAAGGGCUACAUUCACCACCUGAAAUCCACCCAUGAAUGUUAGGUCUCUAAAAGGAAGAAUCAGCACUCACAAUGAUAGCCUCCAACCAUAGCAUCCCACCUAUCUAAGAGCUCAGUGGUGGUCCACUGGGGCAGAUACAAGGGAAGUGCAAGGGCUCAGGAUGAAAGAUAAUCUAUUGGGAAGAGUUUUGGGGACUGGAUCAUUAUGGGGCUUCCUUCUGUAUCUGAGAGCUGCUCUGGGUGGUGGGAUGUGGAUUCUGAUCCUUGGUUGAUCAGAAAUUCAAUGUCUGGUGGCCUUGAAGUGUUAGACAGAAAAGUAUCAGUGUAAAAACCUGGAGCACAAGGUAAUUAACGUAGUUCAUGGUUCCUUGGUGAGCAGGACUCUUGGAUGUGGAGGAGAAAGGGUUACAGGACGUAACCCACCAAAAUUACAAAAUUGAGUCUCUGUACAAUGACUUCAGUGCCUUUGGGCUUAUGAAUACAAAUCAAUGGGCCUUCUCUGUGACGGUCCAACAAACUCUCAGUGCCCACCCUGUCCCUUCCAUCUCCCAUGGAAGAUGAAUAAUGUCAGGUGUUCUUUGGAUCAAAGGCCCCAGAAGGCUUGGAGGACAGAAUGGUGUCCUUCCAUGUAAAAUCAGGCUUCUGAGGGGUCAGGCAGAAUCUGGUGUCCAUAUCCUCCAUAGGUCUACAGAUUAUUGGAUGAAGUCAAGCAUUGUUUGCUAGGCCCAGGUCAUGCCUCUGAGUAUAACUAAGACCCAUGAGUAAAACUUAAUAGCUGUAAGGAAGAACUUGCUGUCUGCCUGAGAGGAUAAGCCGCCCAUCUUGGCAGCUGUCUAAACAAAGCCAGGUAUCUCUUUAAAGGGAGGAGGAGCAUUGCUGAAAUGUCUUUCAGGUCACUUCCAUUCUAGAUGGGUGAGACCUUGUGGAGCUGGGAUCAUGUUUAAACUCAUUCAUACCUGUAGACCAAAAAUCCAAGUAGACUGUGUUUGGUCUGUACAGGUUGAAGCUCCCUGCUCUCCCGCCCAAGUCUCCUCAUGGAGCAGGCCAACAAGCUAUUGUGGCCACAUAUACCAGGCUGAUCCAGGCUGAUUAUCACCAAACAGCAAACCGCAGGGAACAGCUGCUUUGUCAUAGACCCAAUACCCAUGUGGAUCUCUGAUGAGAACAGCCAUAACUCAGACUCACUGACCAAUAGGGCCGUGAGAGACAGCCAGAAUCAGUGAAGGCCCAAGCAGGACACAGAGCAGGGCUUUGCUUAACGUACAUAUUAUCUCCAGAGGUUAUUUCUACCCCACUCCCUAUUCACGGCCUGUUGGAGCAGAUUGCAAAUGCAAAAGCACAGUAACUCAAUGUACACAUGAUUAUAAUCAUUUCCAGUGCACACAUCUCAUCACCAGGUAGAUCCUGAGCUAGCCCAUGUCAGUUCAGGUUAACUCAUAUUGAUAAUCAGACUCAAAAACACUUUCACCCUACAAUCCACCAGCCAAUCAAAGGCAAAGAGUUGUGGUCUCUACCAUUGCCUUGGCUUCUGGACACCCUCAUAACCCUCUACAGGCUCUUACAAGGUUCCUGCUCAACUCCAGGGAGGCUGACAUCUUCACAUCCACUGGGCAUAUGAUAUUGCAUGAGACCAAAGUCUCCACACUGUUUGCAGCCUCCUCCAUGAAUCCCAAUGGCCUGCACUUGUACAGUUUGGGUGUUUGAUAGAUAAAGCACGUAUGAGAAGAGAAAACAAAAUAAAUCAACUUUUUUAAAAAGCCAGCACUGUGCUGUCAAUGUUGUUUUUUUUUUUUUCCUUUUCAAUUUUAGCUUAAAAAAGCAGAAGGUAAAUAAUGUCAGGUCAAUGAAUAUCAGAUAUAUUUUUUGACUGUACAUUACAGUGAAGUGUAAUCUUUUUACACCUGCAAGUCCAUCUUAUUUAUUCUUGUAAAUGUUCCCUGACGAUGUUUGUAAUAUGGCUGUGUUUAAAAAUCUAUACAAUAAAGCUGUGACCCUGAGA